UCCGCAAUAGGGUUUAUGACCGGGUAAACAUUACAACACGAAAUGUCCCCUUACGACCAAAGUAGAAACUGCAGCUUCUGAACACGGGCUUUUGUUUUCUAUGCUUAAAAUGUAGAACUGUCAUUGGGCACCACGAUUUUGUUCUUUUCACUUCAAUUCCUUUGUUUUUAAGGGCGAUAGAAAUUCUGCGGUUUCAUUAGUUGCAGUUUUUUUGUAAAAAAAAUUAAUGGUAGUAUAAAGUAAUCCGUGCGAGGCGUAUCCAGCUUCCUUAUCUCCCCCAAGUACCUUUGCAAUACUUGGCACUGCUGUGGGUUCAGUCGGUCUCAGCUUCGUAUGAUCGGACGAAGCAGAAAAGCAGGACAUAAAGAGAAAUAACACAAAGGGAUAAACAUGUUGCAGAGCCUCGCCGGAUGGAUAGGCGCUGUUAUUUAUUACCUGUUUGCAUUACUUGUGAUCGCAUUUGCAUGUUACUGUUUGUACAUAAAGUACAUUCACAUGAAGUAUGAUCAUAUACCCGGACCCCCACGAGACAGCUUUUUCUUAGGGCACUCCACUUCAAUAACAAGACAAUUGAAAGCAAACCAGUUGGUGCAUGAUUUAUUCCUGGAAUGGUCUCUCAAGUAUGGCCCUGUCUGCCGACUCAACAUGCUUCAUUAUGUAGCCAUAACCGUCGCAAGCCCAGAAGCCACAAAGGAAUUCCUGAUGUCAUCAAAAUACCCCAAGGAUGCUUUGACCUACAAAAAGCUCUUCGACUUUUUCGGGACAAGAUUUCUGGGAAAUGGCCUGCUUACGAACACAGACCACGAUUACUGGUACAAACAGCGCCGGAUUAUGGACCCCGCCUUUAGCAAUACGUACCUGAGGGGGUUAAUGGAGACCUUUAAUGAGCGUGCGGAGUUUCUGGUAGAGAAGCUAGAAGAAGCUGCGAAGAACAACACAUCUGUGCACAUGCACAGCCUGCUCAACUGUGUUACCCUUAGUGUCAUUGCCAAGGUCGCAUUUGGUAUUGACUUGAAUUUGCUAGAAACUGAUACUCCAUUUCCUAAGGCUAUAGAAGCAUGCUUGAAGGGUAUGGUGAACUAUCUCAGAGAUCCAAUGAUACAGCUGAAGCCGUGGAUGUGGGGUUUUAUUAAAGAGGUGAAAGAGGCCAUACGAUUUCUACGUAGGACUGGGGAAGAGUGUAUCAGGGAGAGGAAGAAUGCUAUCAAGAAUGGGGAGGAGGUGCCAAAGGACAUCCUUACCCAGAUUCUGAAAACCGCCGAACUAGAGGAGCAUGAUGAUCACGAGCAAAUGCUGGACAACUUCCUUACUUUCUUUAUAGCUGGGCAAGAAACCACAGCCAAUCAGUUGUCCUUUGCUGUACUGGAACUUGGAAGGCACCCUGAAAUACUAGAGAAAAUCAGGCAGGAGGUGGAUGAUGUCCUGGGUGUAAGGCAGGACAUUCAGUAUGAGGACCUGGGGAAGCUGAGCUACAUGUCCCAGGUCCUGAAGGAGACACUCAGAUUGUACCCCACAGCUCCUGGAACCUCACGGUGGAUUGCUGAAGACGUGGUCAUAGAAGGAAUUCACAUUCCCGGAGGGCUUCCAGUUGUAAUGAACUCUUAUGUGUCAGGGAGGAUGGAAGCUUUCUUCCCAGAUCCGCUGAAGUUUGAUCCUGAAAGAUUUCACCCUGAUGCCCCAAAACCCUACUACACCUACUUUCCCUUUGCCCUGGGACCUCGCUCCUGCCUCGGGCAAACCUUCUCACAGAUGGAGGCAAAGGUUGUGCUGGCCAAACUGGUGCAGAGAUUUCAUUUCCACCUGCUCCCCGGCCAGUCCUUUGAGAUCAUGGAUAUGGGAACUCUGAGACCCAGCAGUGGAGUUCUCUGCAAUAUAAAAUCGCGAAGUCAGGCUUCUUAAGCCUGGGCUGCCCAGUCCAACAGAUCAUCACUUUACAGUCAGGAUCUUAAUUGCUAGAAGCAGGCUGCAUUCUUCAUAGGGGCAUGUAAGGUUUUAGCUUAAAAAAAUCAACCACUCCAUAUACUCGCAUCUACCAAAUAUCCACUAAUAAAUACAUUUCUGUCUAAAUUUCCUGCAUGGCUGGUACUCUGGCUUAUUGGUUAGCAUUGUUGCUGCUGGCCUUCACGGUCUGUGUGCGUACUUCACAUGUUUUCCUUGAAACAAUUUGUUAUUUUAAUGAGUGAUGUAAUUGAAUACGCAAUGGGGAUCAUAUGCUGUGGUAUAUAAAACAAUACUGAAAAAAUAAAAUCAUACAUGAACUAUUUUAAAUCUUAUUUAGCAGCAAAAUAAUUAAUUGUGAUUUAUACCUUCUCUAAUACAUUUGUUUUUAUUCAUUCUGAAGUUUACCACCACUGCUUUUGCAUGAGCUCUGUCUGUGAGCCAAUCAUUUUCAUUCUUGCUCACUUAUUGCUGGCGUGUUUGUGAGAAAUUGAACAAAAAUGAGGUGAGGCAUUUGUUCUUUGUUGGGAUGAUAUUGAGCAAAUGCAAGUGUUGUCGGCAAUGCUUUGUAUCUGUUGGCAAGACACGCAGCAACAUGUGUAAGAGAAUCUGAUUCUGUUGCUGUUGCUUAUUUCAUAUGUACAAAUUCGGUUGUCAUGGUUGUUCUUGAAAUUCAUGUUCCGUUCUUGAUAACCUAAUUCACAUGAAUCAGUAUAGCAGUAGAAACUUUGCCGAGUCAACUGAUAAACCUUGUUGUAUGGUACUAUUUGUUCAGCUUAGUUUAAUAGCAGAUUCAAGUCAAUCAAGCAACUUCUUAAUGUUUUACAUUAUUCAUUUGCAGCAAAGAGUAAUACCUGAUUUUGUAUUGAAAUAAAUGUUUUGACGCAUA